GGCUACGUUUAUAUCCAAAACACUUGAUUCCAACGCACCCGGUUUCUUCACUAUGAAGAUAGAGGAGCAAAAACGAAUGAUCCAAGAAAUCGAAGAAGAAACAAACCCGACCGAGAACGGGUCAACUCCGAGUGCCAAUCCGAAGACGAAAACUGUGAAGACGAAGGUGCCCGAGGUGGAGAUCCAUUUGUACCGGCAGGGGAAAGGUCCCAUGGACGUGUUCAAGUCCAGGCUGGCCGGUUGGGACCAGGACCAGUUGGAGGUCCGAGAAAUCCUACACAAAUACGGGUUCAAGUCCAUUUUCGCCUUCUCUCCCGAGUCGGGUCGCGGCGUUCCGAUCCGGUUUAAUCCGAGGAACGGACGGUCUAUGCUCGUGUACAAGGAUGGAUCUGUUAUUCACAUUGAUGGAGAACCAAUGGAUUCUGUGAUCAAACCUAUAACCAAAAUCUUAUUUGGAGUAGCAGUUAUUGCCCUUCUGAUAUCAUUUGUGUGGAAGGAGAAUCCCCAAUGGAUGGAGAAAUUAAACAUUAAAGGGAACUUCCCACCAUGGGUCCUUGCUUGUGUGGUUAUAGUUUUCACCCGUAUGAGGAAGAGAACUGGAGACUUUUUAAAGAAGUAUGGUUGGUGAGCAGAUGCCACCAAUGCAAUUUUUAUGACGGCGAAAAAGCUCCACUAUUUACUGAAGUACUGUCAGGAAAGAUUAUAAUUCUAUAUCAUCUGUUUAUAGCAUGGAUGAUAAGAGAUAACUGGGCAAGGUUUUUCAAUACAUGUUUUGUUUCAGUAUCAUUUUUCUUGAGCAGUUCAAUACUUUAUUAAUUAGCAUCAAAAGGUGGCAGGAAAGAUUUGGUUGAAUCCUUAUUAAAAUUUCAUUUUUGACAGCAGGGAAAUGUACUUUUUAUUCAA